AUGGGUAAAGAACAGCGUUUCAGAAGUUACUACUUGAAGAUUUCUAUCUUUAUUCUAAUUUCUGCCUCUGGACUACUUUUCUUCUUUGAAAUGAAAACCAUUAUUUUUGGAAGUCAACUAAAACCGAUAAAAACUGAAAAACCUGUCAGUAAGACACCUCCGUUUAGACAUCCCUUAGCACCGCCAUACCCAUACCCCUACCAGUUCCUGAUCAACCCACGCGAUAAAUGCUCACAGCGGAAUCCCUUCCUCGUUCUCUUGGUGACUGGCCGGUGCCAUGACGUGAUGACACGGAACGCCAUUCGAGAAACAUGGGGGAAUGAAAGUAACUAUGAGGACGUGGUGACGGUUUUUCUGGUCGGGUUGUCCACCGUCGCAUCGGAUGCUGUACAGCAACUUCUGGACGAGGAAAGUCGUACCUACGGUGAUAUUAUACAGCAGGAUUUUCUUGAUACUUAUUAUAACUUGACUCUUAAAACCCUUAUGGGAAUGGAAUGGCUAACGAAAUUCUGCCCCACCGCCAGUUACGCAAUAAAAGUAGACAUCGAUAUGUUUCUCAACGUGAAUUAUCUCGUCCAUCAACUCCUGCGCCCCGGGUUGCCAGUCCGUACAAACUAUUUUACAGGGAACAUUGUCAGAAACGCAGAACCUUACAGGAAUAAAGAAUCCAAGUGGUAUGUUCCUGUGGAAGUCUAUCCCAAUAAAACUUACCCUCCCUACUGCUCUGGGUCGCGUUAUGUAUUUUCCGUUGAUAUGGCAAAAAAGAUCUAUGACGUAGCGCAAGUUAUUAGGGUCAUUCCCAUGGAAGAUUGCUUUAUGGGGAUUUGCUUAUACGAGCUACAAAUCCCCCCAAGCCCUCCGCCAGCAAAUAUAUUCAAUGGACACCGGAUCAAUUACAACCGAUGUGCCUUCCACAAACUUGUCACCGUCCACAGUUACGGGAAGGAUGAACUUCGGAGUGUUUGGAAAGACUUUUGGGGAAAUAAGACUUUGGACUGUUAAACAUAUCAAAAAUAUACGACUAUUUAUCUGAUGAAAGAAAGGAGUACAAACCACAUGAAAUUUAGAAGGGGGGUUUUCGACCAAAGUACGGU